UGAGCCGAUUCAAUCAUAACCCCAAAAUUACCAACCCCAUUUCUCAAAUAAAUUUCCGAAAAUAAAGCUUUAAUGUGCUUCCUUACAACCACAAACUAAAACGAUGCAGUCUGUUUUAGCCACCUACACCGAUCAAAGUGACUUACCACCCGAACUAUGUGCAAAACCCCUUUCGUUAGUAGGCAUAUCGGGCCUCGACACUACAAACAAUGCCAUUCACAAGGCGGUUUGGGAAACGUUUAACAGUAACCGCAGAAUAGAAAGGUCGCCCGUGCUCUUCCGACUCAUAAGUAAUUCUCACGAAUUUCCCAUUGUUAAACCAAAAAGGAACUCGUACGAAUGGUACAUACCGAAGGGAAUCUUGAAGAAGAAUUGGAUGAAUAAGUACCUGAACGAGAUUCCCGCGGUGAUCUCUGUGUUUUACGAUUUGGAUUGGAAUGAUUCGCAGUGGAAUGAGAAGAUGAUCGAGUGCGCGUCACGUGUGCAGUCGAUUCGAGCCGCACUGGACGGUCGCAACACCAGAAUAGUGGUGGUUUUAAUUCAGGAUACAUUGCCACUACCCACUGGGGAGGAUAUCCUGGCGACCGAGAGAGCGGUUGCACUUUGUGCCAGUUGCGAAUUAAAUGCCAAGUCGUUAUUCGUUCUUCCACACGGUGACCACUUGCAAGGAUACGUUAUACGUUUAGAAAAUGCAUUUUACGAUCUAGCUAAGAAUUUUUAUCAUUUAGAAGCUAAGAAUGUCAAAUCCCAUCGAGAGCACUUAAGUAAAACGACCCAUCAGUAUUUAUUUGUGCGGCAUCAGUUUAAGAUGGGUUUCUUAAACGAACUCCAGCAAGACAAUCAUACUGCUCACAAGCAUUACACGCACGCUUACAAUAAUUUAUUAGAGAUACGAGUGGUGGACACAAACGCUAUGGAGAUAAGAACAGUGGCCGGCUUUAUCAAUUAUAAAUUGUGCCGGCUAAUGUUUGGUCUCAGUCUGCCCAGGGAUGCGAUAUCGCAGUUCCGUUCGCAUACCGACCGAUUUAAGAUGAGGAUUGGAUUUCAAGAGUUGGCGUUUGAGCAUCACGCUUGGCUUUCAAAACAAUUUAGUGUGUUUGGUGAUAUUUUCGAUGAAGCUGUGAAGUUAGGGUUGCCGGCAGUUCAAACUCAGCAUCCCGGUUUGUAUUAUCAGCAAGCGGCGCAGUAUGCGAUUGCUAGGAAGAAAUCCUGUCACGAAUUGUGCCAGAAUAUAACCAGCUAUCCCACUCCAGAUCCUUUAGAAAACCUAAAAAACAUAGAAUUUUACGGUCAGAGAUCAUGGAGGCCUGGCAAACUUACAGCCGAACCACCAGAUCCCCAUUUGGAAUCAAGAGGAAUACAGGCAUUGCAAUUUUUAGAGACACAAAUAAAUCAUUCGAAUAACAUAAUAUCGCUCUUCGGUUUUGCAAUAUCACAGUACAAAACAUAUAGAUGUCUGAGGAUGAGAAGAUAUUUAGUUGUACAAAUGGCGGAGGAGUACUAUAACUCUGGUGAUUACGGCAAGUCGCUAACUUUAUUCACUCACAUGCUUUGGGAUUAUCGAACGGAAAACUGGUGGAAUUUAUUGACCGAUAUUUUGCAUAAGGCGCUGCAGUGCGCCUACUUAACCGCCAGUAUUCAGGAUUACGUAAGUUUAUCGUUGGAGCUAAUAGGGCCCUCUACCAAAAUAAGUACGAACAAGCGAAAGGACAUAUACGAGAAUGUACAUCGAAUAAUUAACAAACAAAUUCCUGAGCCGGACGUAAAUACACCGUCGAAUGCGAUCGGGGCUGCACACGCACUUUGGACGCAGCUGUUCGCAUCUCAGUCGAGCGGCGUGUCGUUAGAUAUGAGUAAUAUUUUAUGCUGUAUCGACACAAAGGCCAGGUUUACCCAAAGUCAGUAUCAGGGAGAUCAGCCGGUGACUGUUGAAAUUCUUGUUCGGAGUUCCUGCAUUUUUCCGCUGCAGUUGGCGAACAUUUCGUGCACUAUCAGCAGUGGAGUGUCGCAAACAGUUCAUACAAUGGACAAGGCUGAAACGAAAGACCUUACGUUUAAUGGUAACGAUGUGAAAAAGUUUGUUAUUGAAUUUAUGCCCGAUCCAAAUGAUAUCGAGAAAGAGUUACAGAUUGGUGCCGUAAAUUUAUGGUUAUGUAACGGCAGUGUGAACCACAUCGAUUUGAAAUUCACAGGCCUCGGUAACGAAGCGAACAAAGUAUGCGCGGACUUUCUGCAUUUUCGCAGAACUUCUCGCCCCAUCUACGAAUUUGAUAAUCUCAAGCUACUGUCGAAAGCGCUGAUAGUACCGCGCGAUUCGAAGCUGGGCCUCAAAAUCGACCACCAUCAACCCGCUCUCCUAGGGGAGUGGUACCAAAUCCGGCUGUCGAUUACAAACAAAGAAGUUUGUGCCAUCGACAACCUGCAGCUCGACAUUAAUUUAACGAGCGAGUUCACCGAUCAAACCGAGCUCUACACAAGUAUUAAGGAGAAGGCGCAACAGUUACCUUUAUUAGUAAAGUUGAAGAACUUGGGUCCUUCUGAAAGUGUUCAAAAGAAAAUUUACCUGCGCUGUUACAGUGUCGGCCCUAGAAAUGUAUGCGCAAAAAUAUCGUAUUUGUUAAAAAGCAAAAGACCAAUACCAAGCGUUAAGGAAGAAUUAAUUGACAUUCCGGUCGUUAAGCCGUUCGAAUUAACGACAAAGUUUUCCUCUUCAAAAUUUGGUGAUAUAAGCAAAUUUUAUGUGGACGAACCGUUUAUUAUAAUGCCAGUCAUUAAUUGCCUUUCCCCAUGGCCAAUAGAAAUAAAAAGUGCAACUUUGGAAUGCUCGACAUCAAUAAGUUUGGUCGACAAAACUACAAAGAGCCAAGUGGAAGGUGUAACUUUGCGCAACGGUGAUAAUGGAACUGAUAUAUAUUAUGCCAACGUAUUGAAACCGACCGAAACUCCUAUUGAAGUCGGCCAUUACAGUGUUAAAUGGAAAAGAGAAAAUGGCGAGACGGCCGUCACACAAAUCAAAAUAAAGGGACUAAGUAUCGAGUGGAUUCCUUUAAACCUGGAACUACCACUACCCGCAUACGGAUUAGUGCGCACCCCUCUCCUUGUCAAUUACAAGUUUUACAAUAGAUCACGGCAUCUGUUACAGCUUGACAUGAACAUGGAAGCGAGUGAGGCUUUCAUGUACGCCGGUUAUAAACAGUUGCAGCUAUCGAUUUUACCGUCGAGUACGAAAACGUUACAAUAUAAUUUGUAUCCGUUGGUCGCCGGUAAUGUUAUGUUACCAAAACUGUCGCUGACUGUUAGUGGUGAAGGAAUGGAAGGUCUGACUUUAACACAAGAGCAGUUGGAUAAUUUAAUAGACAGGUCUUUGCCUACGCAUGUCUUUAUAAUGCCACAAGGCAAGAAAGUUCCGGUUUUGACUGAGAAAGCUAUCGAAGUCCAAUAAUUUUUUAGUCUCGCGAAGUUAUAUUGUUUAAAUGUUAUGUAUAAUAAAUUUUUCAUUAAUACAACCUGUUAGUCUUA